CGACAAAGUCGAUAGUUGGCGGACAGAUAGCCAAAUAACGAGUGUAAGGAGCGUUUACUCAUAAUAAAUAAUAUUUAUUUAAAUUUAUAAAGUGCAUAACUUUUGCACAAUGUUUACAAGUGUUGCUUCGUUUGUUGUUUACAUAAAUAAUAAUUUUAAAAUAAAAACACCAAGUGUUAAAAAUAUGCGUCAAGAUUUAGAACUGUGUAGGCUUUGCGGAGGAUCCUUUAAAAACACAACCAUGAUUUCACUCUUCGACAGAAGUAAAAAAUCGACACUGCAAAGGAUCUACCAACUUACUAACAUCAAGUUAAAGAAUGUCAGCAAUUUACCAUCCGUAAUGUGCUUAGAUUGCGAGAAAGAAUUGGAACGGGCUUAUGAAUUUCGCAAUAAGUGCAUUUCAGCACAGACAUAUUUUUCUAGUACAGAAUACAAGUGUAAUUUUGUCCAGAGCCAUAGACAGAAGCAACAUGAAAACUCCCCAGAAAAGGAAUCAACUUUAGUGAAGGUUGAAUUAUUGUCAUUUGAAAAGAAAAACGAAGCAACAUAUUUGGAAUGCAAUGCUCAUUCGGAUAUAAAUUUCAAAAACCCUUUACAUAUUUCAAUAGAAAGUGAGUGUGAUUUCGAAGCACUUAAUGAAGGCAAGAUGACGCACUCAAUAUACGAUGUUGGCCAAGUAGAAUUGCAAACACAGUCAUUCGAAUAUACCACACACAAAAUACCGUCAUGGAAUAAGAAAAGAGCCAAAUUGGAAACUAACUUGGAGAAAGAUACAUAUGAAAGUGUAGGUGUGGAACGAACUAUCUCACAACCAGUGAAGGCAAAUGAUAAUGAGGAAGAUACACAAGGUGUUGAUAAUCCGAAGUCAAAAGAUAAAGAAGAAAGAAAUAGUAAAACACGUAUAUAUAUCUGUGAUCAAUGUGGUAAUAAUUUUAAAUAUCGUAGUCAUUUCUAUUCACAUAUCAAACGACAUACAGGCGUAAAGCCUCUACAGUGCGAAGUUUGCCCGAAUAAAUUUUUCACCGAGGGCGAACUGAAGCGACAUAUGCGCCGACACACCGGUGAACGACCAUUUCCUUGCCAGCAUUGCGAGCGUCGUUUCACGGACUAUAGCACAAGAAUUAAACAUGAGCGUACACAUACAAACGAACGACCAUUUGGGUGUCCACAAUGUGGUAAAGCGUUCACAACGUCGUAUGUAUUGAAAAAUCACAUGCUUUUGCACACUGGAGAACGUUCUUUCAAAUGUACGCUUUGCAAUAAAUCUUUCCAACGCCAAACUCAUCUCAUCGUACAUACGCGUUCACUGAUCCAUAAACAGAAUGUUGAACGUCAACAACAAAAACUGAUAUAGCAAGCAACUGAACUGAAGUAUUGAGAUAUUAUUCGUCAACAGAAUUAGUCCUCACCACUUAAAAAUGAAUUCCUUCAUAAGUUCAAAAUGAUUAAUAUAGUGGCGACGAAGAAAGUAUAAUAAUGCUUGAGAAAUUGUAAUUUUUGGAUCUAUCAUACAACAUCAUAUAUUUUAAUCCAGUUAUUCAUUUAAUGAAAUGCGUUCUUCAAACACAAUUCAUUAAUUAUAAAAUUAUUUCAUAUGCAAGUAGAUCAUUACCGCUACGUAUACAGUUUACAUACUAGAUAUAUAGUUGCUUAAAAGUACAUUUUAAUUAUG